AUGGUGUCCGACCAAGACAUAGCCGAGGCUUUGGAGUCUCUUCUUCGCGAGUCGAACCCUAACACCACUUUCACCUCCCUAAACGCAGUCGUUCAACAGCUCGAAUCCAAACUAGGGUUAGACCUCACUCCCAAAAUCGACUUCAUUCGAACCCAGAUCCAGCUUCUCUUCCGACCUCAACCGCCACCACGGUUUCUCCACCCUCCAAAAGACCAUUUUGCCCUCCACCAGAAUCCUAAUUUCCACCCAUCUCACUCUCCCCAACUUUCUCCCAAUUUCGCCGUCCAUCGUCCCGAGGAGUUCGAUUUCCGCCCUCCGCAGCCACCGCCGGUCUCAAAAGCCGAGGCAUUUGCUACUGUUGUCGCCACCACUGCUGCCGCUGCGGCCCCAGCUGUUGCUGCUACUGAUGCCCCAAAAGAGGGUGCUCAAUCUGGAAAAAGGAGAAGAGGUGGUCCAGGUGGACUAAACAAACUCUGUGGUGUUUCUCCUGAACUUGAGACCAUUGUUGGCCAGUCAAGAUUACCAAGGACUGAGAUUGUGAAGCAGCUGUGGGCAUACAUAAGGAAAAACAACCUUCAAGAUCCAAGCAACAAAAGGAAGAUAAUUUGCAAUGAUGAGCUGCGUUUGGUAUUUGAGACAGAUUGUACUGACAUGUUCAAGAUGAAUAAGCUGCUAGCUAAACAUAUUAUCCCUCUUGAACCUUCAAAGCAGACUGGUCAAACUUCUAAGAAAAUGAAGUUAGAAGUGGAAUCUGGAAGUAGAAGUACUGAAUCUGUUCCGAUUGUGGUAAUAUCUGAAGCACUUGCAAACUUUUUUGGUACCAGUGAAAGGGAGCUUUCACAACCUGAGGUUUUAAGACGUGUUUGGGAAUACGUGAAGGUCAAUCAACUUGAGGGUCAAAAACUAGGAUGUUUUGAAAACAAAGUUCAAGCAUAUGGGUUGAGAUUGGUGGAGCAUGUAAUGACUAAGCAGUGCAGAUGACGUAGAGAUUUUCAACUUUGUAUAGAGAGGAGCUUUUAGUUCAGUUUCUUGAAUAGGAUCCACUGAAUGCGAUGGUGAUAGUAUGUGAUGCAAAGCUUCAAGAGCUUUUUGGAUGUGAAAGCAUUUCUGCAUUAGGAAUACCUGAGAUGUUGGCUCGCCACCAUCUAUAUGGGAGAUCAUGACAACUGAUCUUGUUGACUGGUACAGGUGUUAAUGCUAACCUACCUUGUUCUGACAUUAUCUCAAUUAGUUUCCGGAAAACGGUUCAUUCAGCUUUUCUGCUUCAGUUUGAUGCUUUGUUCUUCACUAAAGUAAGUUGUGGAUAGAAUGAAAAUGUAUCAUGCUAAUGGCAUGUUAUAUGUCAUUGCUGGCCACAAUCCUGGGUGAUUAAUUUCUUUUGCAUUUUCGGUUACUUUUUCUGUGUGGAGUUCCUCACACCUGUAAAAAUGCAGACAUUCGGAAAUCAGAAGGAUAUGUAAAAGAUUGGUAUAAGCCUUUUUCUCUGGUCAUGAAUGGUCAUAUUUGCUUGAGAUCAAACUUCUUUACCUUUUAAUUGUGAAUGCUUAGUUUUAAACCCACUGUUGUAUUCAUUUCCUCUGCACGAAAAUGAUGUGUUUGAACCCAGAAGGAGUUCCACUGAAU